AUGAACCUCUUCAGUGGACUACUACACAUUACAGCUAUUAUUAACCUCUUGACGGGUUUACAACUCGGCCAUGCCGCUCAGCCAAACACGUCGCCGCCACUGGAGCCCGGCGUGCCCUUCCUGUUCAUGUGGAACGCUCCCACCGAGCUCUGCGGCUCGCGCUUCGGCAUCGAGCUCGACCUCUCCUACUUCCAGAUGGUCAGCAGCACCUUGAAGACCGCCACCAACCAGAGCGUGGCCAUCUUCUACACGGACCGCUUCGGCCUGUUCCCUUACGUGGACGAGGAGACCGAGGAGUUUUACGACGAAGGCCUGCCGCAGCUGGUGGACCUGAAGGAGCACAAGGAGCUGGCCGAGGACGACAUCGACAACUACAUCCCCGACAACCUGACGGGCCUGGCCAUCCUGGACUUCGAGGAGUGGCGUCCACAGUGGAUCCGCAACUGGGGCAGCAAGGACAUCUACCGGGAGAAGUCCAUCGAGGUGAUCAUGAAGAAGCGGCCCCACCUGAGCUACGAGGAGGCCGAGGACCUGGCCAUCGAGAGGUUCGAGAGAGGCGCAAAGGCCUACUUCCUCAAGUCGCUCAAGCUGGGGAAGAAGCUGAGGCCCAACCGCCGAUGGGGCUACUACCUGUACCCCGACUGCUACAACUACGACUACAACAAGGACAUGGAGGGCUUCACGGGAGAGUGUCCCGCCAUCGAGAAGAAGAGGAACAACAACCUGUACUGGCUGUGGCAGGAGUGCACGGCGCUCUACCCUUCCAUCUACCUGGAGCUGGUGCUGAGGGAAUCUCGCCAGGCCAAGCUCUACGUGCGCCAUCGCAUUCAGGAGGCCAUGCGGGUGUCCACGCUCAACAACCAGAACUACUCCACGCCCAUCUACGCCUACAUCCGCCCAGUAUUUAAAGACAGCGACAUCAACUACUUGUCAGAGUAUGACCUGGUGAACACCAUCGGGGAGGCUGCUGCUCUGGGGUCAGCUGGGGUCGUAUCCUGGGGCGACAUGGACAUCACAGACACUGAGGAAACCUGCGAGGCAGCCAGACGCCAUCUGGAAAAAGUAAUGAACCCGUACAUCGUGAACGUCACCACAGCAGCCCAGCUUUGCAGCCGCGCGCUCUGUCAGGAGAACGGCCGAUGCGUGAGGAAGAAAUGGAACAAAGAUGUCUACCUCCACCUAGACCCGCGAUAUUACCGCAUAAGGAUGGACCAGCAAGGACGGCUGUUCGUGAAGGGAGAGCUAUCGCAGGGUGAUAUUGAUUGGUUUGCCGCGGAGUUUGACUGUCUGUGUUAUUCAGAAGAACCGUGUCAAUAUCCUCUUGUGCUAAAUGCGGUCACAAACUUUGUCCAUGCCACCGGCAUCCAUCUGCAGUUCAUCUCUCUGACCUUGCUUCUCAUCUGUAUAAUGUUCUCUAUGCACUACGCAUGUUCAUAGGC